AUGUGCAAUGCACAUGUUCCAAUAGGCUGCUUUCGUGCUGAACCUGAUUCACAGGCCUUGGAAGGAUGGGAGCGCUGGAGUCCGAUAGAGCUCAAGGAUUACGUACUGGAGACUUUCCCUGAUGACGAGCUCUCGGUCGAAGAGCUUGCCGUAUUCAUCUCAUCGCAUAAGGUUAACAGUCAACUUAUAGUCCGUCAUAUCGAUGAGAUAGAUGUAAUCUGCGAGACAGAGAAAGAGAGAGAGAUGCUCCGCGCGAUUACUCGUUCUCUUCUGAGGGUCAUCAACCCUCCUGUCCGCGCUCAUACUUCUCGUCCUGGACUUGGAGCUAUAUUCCCGGACAUCAGCAACGUUGUAUCGACCACUCGAGUGCCCAGCCAACGCCCGGAAUCAUCAGAACAAGGCGAGGACGUUGCCAAUGUGGACGAUAUGUUCUUCAGUUUCGACGAUUCUGACGAAGACAGCGACUACGAAAGACCUGGCAGUCAAUUGGGCGAUAUCUCUUCUGACUCUUCUGAUCACUUCUCAUCUCCGAUACGACCACCACCGAUGCACCGCUUGCAUAACGCAACCAUCCCGCAUAACAUGACAUCGUCUCAUUCACCUGAUGGCGAGGAAUUACAGAACACGCCUAGGAUAGGCAACAACGAUAGUCCUCUGUCUUUUGGGCAGGUCGACGAAGCAUCUCUUGGCUCGAUGUCGACCGCAUCAUCGAUUGUUGUGCUAUCAGAGCAGUUUGAGGCGACUUCAUCAUCUAACCCAACAAGAAGCCCAAGAUUUGCAGGUAGCGACAUAGUUGACGGUUCAGUGCCGACUACAAGAGCCUUGAAUGGUCCAUUUGUGGGUCACAGGAGCUCUCCAGACCAAUCCAAUAUGGAUCCGAGUCUCGGCGUUCGGCCUGACGAUCCUAUUCUCUCUGUUCCUCAUUCACCUCCGCAGAAGUCUUGCCGCACUUCUCGUUCAUCUUUGAUAUCACAUUCUUCUGGACGGUCCAAGACUUCUCGCCGUCAAUCAUGCUCGAACCGGUCUGGGUUCAAUAGCCUAAAUUCGAGUGGUGUAGAGCUCCAUUCUCACAUCGCCAUCGUUGACCUACAACCUAUCGACUCACCUUCAACUCUUGACCCAUUCAAAAGAUCUCCUACACUCAAUACCCAUGGCCUGACGGACGCUCACCAGGAGGAUAGUCACACCAGCUUCCAGGAUGGUCAACCUGACAUAUGGUCUCAUAGCCCAUCCUCGAGAUUCCAAUCUACGCCGAAAGCUACGUUCGACAUGCUGUCACCUCUGACCCUUGAUAUCCAUCUAUCGAGUCUUACAGAGGAUAUGUCGCCAUUCCUCACAGCUCUGGCCCUCGGAAGUCUUAGUACCAUCACCGAUCUCAGCACAUCGUCCGUCUCAUCAGCCUUCCCCAUCAUGCCCAAGCAUCAUGUUGUCAGACGAGUUCACCAUUCUCAGCAUCGCUCAGAGCGCUUAGUUACUGAGAGAACACUUUGGCCGACUGAACGCACAUAUAGAUCUGUCUCAUAUGGCGCAUUGGCACCACCGCGGAUGCCUCAAAAAUGUACUGAAGGUGAUGGGCCGGGGAAUCGCCACAAUGCCAAUGCCAGGAACAAUAAUGCCAGGAAACACUCCAAGAAGGGUAAGGCGAAGCAGAGUAAAGUAAAACGGAUAAAACAUACAGCACUUGGCUGGGAUCGAUCGCGUUUACGCUUGCCUCUGCUACCUGGGAAUGAAUUGCACCAUAUGGACAGAGAUGGAGAGAGCUCGACGAUGAGGGAUUGGCAACCAUUCUACGCGGCUUUGGUAUCAGCUCAAGCGUAUGAUCUACCCGCGGUACAUGUUCCACGUUCUUUUACGCCGGAUCUUCUGGACACCGAUGGUAUACCGAGGCACACAUUGGUGGUAUGUAUCUGCUCUCAAGAUACCUCGCACGCCUUGAGGAUGGGGUGCUGA